GCCCAGCAGGCGGCCGCCGUCGCGGCCUCCGCCUCUGCCGCCACCGCGUCGGCCGGCGCGGGCGCGCAGGGCGCGGCCGGCGCCUUCCAGUGCUCCUUCUGCCAGAAGACGUUCUCGCAGAAGAAUACCUACCAGAACCACGUGCGCUCGCACGGCAAGGAGGGCGACGACCCUUACCCGUGCACCAUCUGCGGCAAGACGUUCGCGGUGCCGGCGCGCCUCACGCGCCACUUCCGCACGCACACGGGCGAGAAGCCGUACCAGUGCGAGUUCUGCAAGAAGGCCUUCUCCGUCAAGGAGAAUCUGAGCGUGCACCGGCGCAUCCACACCAAGGAACGGCCGUACAAGUGCGACGUGUGCGAGCGCGCCUUCGAGCACAGCGGCAAGCUGCAUCGGCACAUGCGCAUCCACACGGGCGAGCGGCCGCACAAGUGCCAGGUGUGCUCCAAGACGUUCAUCCAGAGCGGCCAGCUCGUCAUCCACAUGCGCACGCACACGGGCGAGAAACCGUACGUGUGCAAGGCGUGCGGCAAGGGCUUCACCUGCUCCAAGCAGCUCAAGGUACACACGCGCACGCACACGGGCGAGAAGCCGUACUCGUGCGACAUCUGCGGCAAGUCGUUCGGCUACAACCACGUGCUCAAGCUGCACCAAGUGGCGCACUACGGCGAGAAGGUGUACAAGUGCACCAUCUGCAGCCAGACGUUCACGUCCAAGAAGGCGAUGGAGGUGCACAUCAAGAGCCACUCGGAGCAGCAGCAGCAGCAGCAACCUCAGCAACCUCAGCAACAGCAGCAGCAGCAGCAGCAGCAGCAAGCUCCGGCGGCGAGCUCUGCGCAGCACCAGUGGCACACGCCGUCGUCGCAGCAGCACCACCACCAUCAGCCGCAGCAACACCACCAGCCGCCCCAGCAGCAGCACCACCUACCUCCGCCGCCAGCGCCGUCCCCGGAGCCUCGUCUGGAGGCGGAAGUGGCGCGCAAGGCGACAGAAGUGGCGGCGUCGGUGGAAGACGACGCGGGCAACCCCGUGAGCGUGCGCGACAUGUGCUACUACUACUUCUACCCGCCGUCGGGGGCUGCGCCCGUCCCGGCCGCCCACGCGGGCCAGGCUGCGGUCCCCGCCGGCGGCGUCGGCGGCAGCCUCACGCCGCCCGCCAGCGUCGAGGACGAUGAGCACUUCGCGCGCGCCGACACGGCCGUGCCGCUGAGCGAGCCACCCGUCUACCUGUUCCCCGAGCCCUUGGGUUCGAUGCGCGGCCGCGCCACGCCGUACGACUUGCCCGUGCCGGCGUGCCUGGCCGCCUCCAGCCCGUCGCCGCCGCUGACGCCGCCCUCCAGCAACCCCGUCUCGCCCGUACCCGCCGCCCCCGCGUCGCCCGACCGUCGCGACGCCUGUUCGCUGCCGCCCCGCAAGCGCUGCAAGCAGAUCCUCAAGUCCAUCGCGGCAGCGGCCGCCGCCGAACCCGCCAUCCGCUACAGCUCCGUCAUACACUACGCGGGGGCCUCGUAAGUGCCGUCUGCCCGCCCGUCGGACGCUUCCGUCGCUUAACGUUCCGUCACUCGCUAGUAAAACACUGGGACUUCUCACAAGUGAAGCGAAGUGACUCCGCGAGUGACUACAAUACGGACAAAUUGUAGGCUAGUCAGAACGACUGUUCAGGGUACUUUGCGUCUAGCCUAUAACCGAGUGAGAUGAGGAAAUGCGAGCUCAGACGCCCAUUUGUACAGUGUUCUGCUCCAGUUAGUGGACUCGUGUCUAACUGGAGGACGUCAAAAUUUUCAUAGACUUGUAGCUGACAGCAGUACUGUUAUUACUAAACGUACUUGUCUCUCCGCUGGUCCUUCCUAAACCAGAUAUCCGUACGCCAGCUGAAACUGUUCGCCGCUGUAUUUGAAAAUAUCCCAGUUAUUCUAAUUUAUUUGUUACAGUAGUCAUGACUAACUCUAAGAACACUCUUGGCUUGGCGGCGUAGCUGUUUGGAUACAAAUCAAAAGACGGUUCAGCACUUCGGAUAUGUUCACUUGUUUCUGGUCCUUAAUGACGUUACCUUUCAAUACUGUCAGACAAUAUACUCACAUUUUUGUAGCAUCUUGUUCCCGCGUAAACGUCGUCUCACGAUUUUCAUCAUAUAUGUGUGACAUUUGAAACUUAUAAUACAGUCCCGUUUACGAGUAUGCAGGCGCAUUAAACGCAUUGUCGUCUGAUGCAUAAUUUGUCUGUUUUGGCCGCAUCGACCAAGGGGUCGGUAGCCAGUGAUACCAGUAGAUUUAUAUCGAAACAGCUGCUCCCGCCAGCCACUGCGCCGAGCCUCUUACUAGAGAAAACAUUAGUAUUUGUUUUAUUACAUAAGCCAAAGGUACCAUAAAAUACUUGGUCUACAUUUUCUCAAUGCCCAAAUACACCUAUCCUUCCUGCAAGCUACUUCAUAAGCUACACAUGUUCAUUACUCCGAUUCCUGUUUAAUUUAUUCACAGAAAGCAGAUAAAACAUUCAGGCUGAAUGGCUUUUGGAGGGAUAAGGAUACGACGCUUUCCGCUCCUUUCUUUUUUUUUUUUUUUUUUUUGCUGUCCUUGUGUGUCGAAUGUACUUUUUCUUUAAGAGCUCGCUCAUCUCUCUUCUUUUUUUAUUGUUUUUUUAUGAGUAACGAGGAAUAGCGCUCAGUGAAAUUCGUACCCAGCUGAUCUCAAACAGACUGGAUUCACUAUGAUCCUUUCACAGAGAGUUAUAAACCUCGCGAGCACGACUGAGUGUCAAAGACUGCACUAUGACGAGUUGACAAGACUGUACGUACAAGCAGCACUGGGUUGCUCCGGAUCAUUUUAGCAAUAAAGAAACAAAGAAAUGUAGUAACCUGCGUGCAGGUACCUCAAAUCAGAAUUUUGCUCUGUACUGCAUAAAAAAAGUUUUUUGAUGUGUUUAGGAGCAUUUGCGAUAUCUGGUAACGAGAGAGAAGAAAUUAUUUAGCUAAAAAUUGUUGAACACUUGUGCUAAUGUAUAUUUUACUUUCGCUGUUUCUUAAAAUUACGAAGUCCUCAACAAAGUACAAACGCAUAAGUAGCAAGAAGAAAUAAAGUGUAAAGAUUCAUGAGGCCUUGUGACAGUGUUUCUACAUUUUUUUGUGAAAGACAAUUUUUCGUAUACAAGAAAUUUCAACAUUUUGCAUCCCGAAAAUAUUCAGAAAUGCUAGUUGUUUAUUCAGGUGCCAAUAUACACAUUCUAAACCGUUGAAAGUUACAGUAAGUUUAGUCUUUGGAGCUGGCCUUCAGAGCCACGUUUAUGUCCCCUUGUGUGGAUGGGGUCCCAUAAAGCAUUUUCCAUUUUUAUGUGCACAGUUGCCUUCUUUGGUGCCUGGUGCAAAGUGGUUGAAACUGAUCUGAUUCCAUCGUACAUACAUAAUGGCCUUUCGAAAAAGAAUGUCAGUGUCAGAUUUUGUGUUGAAACGUGUACAAUAUUAAAAUUGCAUGGAGUAUAUUAUAGAUUUAAGAGAGCUCGUCUAGUGUCUAUUCCAGAAGUCUUUGUUGUGUUAAUGAAUGGCAAGUUCCUUAUGAGUCAACAUAUGUAUGUCCUUUGUGUUGUAAUUAUGUAUGUAAUAAUAGUAUGAGUCGUUCAUGUUAUACAGAAGUGGUAUGUGCCAUGUGAAAUUGACUAGAUUAUCUGUUGUCAUAGUUUAGAUUGUCAUAGCUGAAUGUUGUGCACAAUCAUAGCAGUGUAUGAUCUUUAUACAUAUAUCAGGGAUUAUUAUUUCACAAUUUUUUGAAAUAUGCCUCACAAGUGACUCAUUUUUGUACAACAGUUGGGAACAAAUCCUCAAAGAACAACAGUUAUUUUAUUGGAACAAAAACAGCUGCAAUUGUUGUUUCAGUUUUUAAUUAACAGAGUACAAAGUGAUUUAAGAUACUUAAAUGCCAACAAUGUAUUUGUGUGGUAAAAUGUGCAGAUUAUUUCUACACUUUAUUGGCUUCGUCUGCCUAGUAUUCUGAUUUCUAGAAACAGUUAUUGAUAUUGUUAUUUUAAUAAGAAAAAUACAUCUCUUUAUAAACUGUGGUUUACGGAAAUCAAAUUGUAAAGUUGUUUUAUAUAUUUGUUGUUAUUUUAAAAACAAUUGCAAAGAAAAAUUUAAUGAUAAAUUAUGAAAGUGUUAAUUUAACCUCAGGUUUAUUGGUUUUUGAUCAAAGUCGAUGUACAUACUGUAAUCAUGCUUUAGAAAAUCAAUAGUGAUCAACCAGAAUCUAUAUGACUCACAAAAAACAAAUCGUUUGUAUCUCAGGAUUACACAUUAAUACUUAUGUAACUGCUAAUGCAGAGCUAGCUGUUCCACACCAUUAUCAUAUACACAGAUACAUUGUCUACAUUUUGUUAACUUUUUUCUGCAAUUUGUGGGGUAAAAGCACGUAUACAGAUGUAAAAUUAUGUAGAAUACUUCUUCACCCUUAUUUUUGCACCAAGAAAUGCUGAAAUUAUUUUAAACUUUUCUUAAAAGUUCCAUACAAGUAAUCUCAGGAAAAACAAUUAGUGCUAUAGCUGUUACACUACGUAAGUAACAGCUCACACUAGAUAUCCUGUCGUACCUGCAAUACGUAAUACCAAAAAUCAUGAUGUGUAACUUUGUGUCAUAACUCAUAUGAGUUUCUUCUUUUUACAGUAGACAACUGUGACCCACAUCGUUUUCAAAUACUGGACUGCUGUGGCAGACAUAAGAUUUGUUAUUAGCACUGUAGAACUGAUCUUCAAUUUUUGAUCGAGCAUAAGCAAAGUUUAAUUCUUCAUUGCUCAUAAACUAUUACCUCAGGAACGAUUUAGGGCUACUUUAUGUAUACCUCUUUGCCAUAGCACUUACGAGUGCUUUAAUUUAUUUCAGUAAACUGAUAGCAUGGAACUAUAUGUUGAUAUAAUUAUAUGAUUAUAAUAUACAGUAUGUACAAUGAAAUGGAGUAUACCAGAGACAUGUCAUAUAAAAUGUGUUCAAGAUUACCAUAUUGAUUCUGUAUGUGUGUGUUAAAAAGACAAUCUCAAAUUAUCUACAUAUAUACCUAUGCAACCACAAAUUGUUUAACUAAUGAUGACGUCAGUUUCGGAAAUAUAUGUGUAAAUAAA